CUUGCCCAAGUUCCAGAAUGUUCCUUUGCUCAGUAUAUAGACCUCUUUGUUUGAUCAAGAGAAGGAGAGAGGUUUGAGAGGAAAGGACUGCAGAUCAGCAGCUUCGAGCUGAGUCGGAAUCUGCCUGUGGACGCGUGAGGCAUUCCACGGCUCGCUGCCAGUAAACGGGUUAAUUCGCUGAAGCUUUAGUGUACCGCUGCCUUGCCCUAGGCUACCAUUCUCAGCUCCACUAGUUUAAUGAGCUGGUGAGCACCCUCCUGUAUGAAGUCAGAGAGUGGAAAACCUGUGCCUGAGGGUGUAGCAGCUUUGUUCCAUAGAGGGAGGAUCUUUAGAUAAUGCAAAGGGAGUUUCCUCCAGCUAUUCCAGCAACACCACUGCCUUCUCUGGCUACAGCACUUCAGCUCUGCACCGGUCUGAUUUACAGAGCCUUUUGCAACAGACGCAUUCCAAACGUGCCGUGCAGCAGAACCACAGGCUUGUCGUCUAGAUCAGACUUGCACAGUAUAUUCCAGCAUUAGAAGCUGCGCCCCACAGAAGUGUAAAGGGUUCGCUGUUACUUAGUGACUUCAGACACAAAGCAAGUAAGAACCGUUGCGGAAUUAGAAGAGGUUAUUCUGCACAUCGUUCUUUGCUGGAUCACCACUAGGACAGAAUCGAUCAUUUUUGAAGGAUUGCACUGUUGUCUACCAUCAUUGAAAGCAUGUGGCUAACCAAGCUUGUAGCCUUCAGCCUCCUGGUUGCUGUGGCAACAGUGGAUCAGAAGAAGCUAAGCCCCCAUGCCAGCAUGCUGGCAGACAGCAGUGCGAGGCUGGCUUUCGACCUCUACCACAGCAUGGCCAAGGAGAAGGAUCUGGACAACCUCCUGAUCUCUCCUGUGGUGGUCUCCUCCUCCCUCGGGCUGCUGCACCUCGGGGGACAGUCCUCCACCGCGAUGCAGGUCAAGAAGGUGCUCCACGUGGACAAGGUGAGCGAUGAGCAGCUCCACACCGGGCUCUCGGAGCUCCUGAACGAGGUGAGCAACUCCAGCGCCCGCAAUGUGACGUGGAAAAUCGGGAACCGGCUCUACGGGCCAAGUGCAGUCAACUUCGCGGAUGCUUUCGUCAAGAGCAGCAAGAAGCAUUACAACUGCGAGCACACCACGAUCAACAUGAAAGACAAGCAGGGCACUGUGAAGGCCCUGAACGAGUGGGCUGCUCACACCACGGACGGGAAGCUGCCGGAGAUUGCCAAGGAUGUGGAGGAGACUGACGGAGCCAUCAUUGCAAACGCUAUGUUCUUCAAACCUCACUGGGAUGAGAAGUUUCAUCAUCAGAUGGUGGACAACCGCGCCUUCCUGGUGUCGCGCUCCUUUACCGUUUCUGUUCCCAUGAUGCAUCGCACAGGUUUUUAUCGCUUCCAUGAGGAUAAGGAAAAUAAGCUAUAUGUGCUCGAUAUGCCGCUGGCCCACAAGAAAUCCAGCAUGAUCUUCAUCAUGCCCUUCCACGUGGAGCCCCUGGAGAGGCUGGAGAAGCUUCUGAGCAGAAAGCAGCUGGACACCUGGAUCAGCAAGCUGGAGGAGACGGCCAUCGCACUAUCUCUGCCCAAAGUCGUCAUGGAAGUGAGCCACAAACUGCAGAAACCCCUGGGGGAGCUGGGGCUGACUGAGGCGCUGGACAAGAGCAAGGCAGAGCUCUCCAAGGUCUCUGGGAAGAAGGGUCUGUACGUGUCCAACGUCUUCCACGCAUCGGCCCUGGAGUGGGACACAGACGGAAACCCGUUUGACACCAGUAUCUUUGGGUCUGAGAAGAUGAAGAACCCCAGACUCUUCUACGCAGACCAUCCCUUCAUCUUCCUCGUAAAGGACAAUGAAAGCGACUCCAUUCUGUUCAUAGGCAGGCUUGUGAGACCUAAAGGGGAGAAAAUGAGAGACGAAUUGUAGUUGUUGGGAAUAGAUAGGUGGCUUUGUUUUUUAAGUAAGUGUGAAAGUAUGGUCAUGCUGGUUUUACUGGGUGAAAAUGCAACAUGUCUCUUACCUCAUAUAUAACCGUUCCAAAAAUAAUUAAAAAACAAACUCUGGAUUUGUAGCUGGUGGAUCUACAUUCACCUUUUUUAUACAAAUGUGUCUUUUAUAGAAAACUGAAAACACUCCAAUGUAAAUUCUGAAGAAAUCCAAGUCAAGCAGACAAUACGUUUGUGUGAAUGUCUUCAGUGUUCCUCACACAAGGGUCUGUGCAAUUAUCUAAACAGUGCAGGCCCUCAAUAAGACCACCCUUCAAUAACAUAGAAAACGACUUCUGUAGUUUUAUUUGUUAUGUUGGAACAGAAAGGAAUACAUUAAGCAGGCUCACUCGCACUGCUAGAUUUGUUAGUCAUCCCUGAAGAGCUCUUUCUGAAUUAUUUCUGCUGUGGUGGCAUUAUGAUGGGACUCCACUGAUUUAGAUAUUUGUCUGCUUGAAAUCUUAUGAUUCUUUUAUUUAAUAUUUCAGAUAAUCAAUACCUGUAUUAAGUCUAAUUUAAGGCGAUGCCAAUUGCCAUUAUAAAGUAUAGCAGUGGGGGCUGCAUACAGUUUGAAUCCAUUCCACAGGAACGCCUGAAUGGGGUUGCUUUCACACUCUGGAUUGCUGAGAGCAGGAACCUGCUUGUAUGAAGUACGCUGUGAUUGUUUCACUUGGAUAUUUGGGAUACUUUGGUGCUGUAAUCACCACAGCUCUGGAAUCUGGUUUUUAACAUUGCAUCUUCACUGAAGACUGGUCCUGAGCACCAGUGGCCUCUGGAUAGCAAGCAAUCUCUCCCACAUUCACUUAGACGUUUGUUUGUUCUUUGUUCUUUCUUCACCAAGUGCUUUCAUGUCUUCUGCAUGUUGCCACAAACCGUUAUUUGAACUGAUCUGAUACUCUAUGACUGAUAUACUUUUCUUUUCAAUAAAAAUAAUGAAUUUAAA